CACCUAUUUGGCUGCGACCCGUGCUCUCCGACGACUAAAGUUAGUGAAUUCACUCCAAUUCUAGCUCUAUUUGGAGUUUUAGGUCAAAAUUUUGAAAAUAUGGAUGCAGCCGGUACAAAUAAACUCACUUCAGCUCAGAAGGAGGAGCUUAUGGACCAAGUGAAACAGCAGAUGGCCAUAAUGUCAGCACAGGAACUGCUUUCUAAAAUGACAGAAAAGUGUUUCAAAAAAUGUGUAACGAAACCUGGCACAUCACUUGAUAGCUCAGAACAGAAAUGCGUCGCCAUGUGUAUGGAUAGGUUCAUGGACAGCUUUAAUUUGGUAUCGCGGUCCUACAGCAACAGGCUACUGCAAGAAAGAAACAAAAUGUAAAAACUCAGUGAAAGACUAGUGAAGUUUUCAUCUUAUGUUAAAAGGUGAACAUUUAAUUCUAAUGAGCUUCAAGCAAGUUUACAAAAAAACCCUUUAAAAAUGAUUAGAUUAUGUCUGCAUUUCACUACCUACCUGGGCAUUCUGAUAUUACUUUUAAAGGUUAUGCCAUAGUGAAAUUUGCUUGAAGUUCUCAAGAAAAUAAUGAAAUUGACUUAUUCAGAUACAUUGUCAAAAGUAGUUGAUUCUAAGUUUCAUUGAUGAAUAAAUUAUCAUUGUUAAAAAAA